AUGAGCGGUUUGACACUUUCAAAAGCAUAUCUCUCUCUCUCUCUCUCUCUUUCUCUCUCUCUCUCUCUCUCUCUCUCUCUCUCUCUCUGUAUAUAUUCGUUUUUUAGCAGAAGCUUGGAUGAAUUGUACCUCAUUGGGUACUGCAUGUUCUUGGGUCGGCCAUUAUUCACCUCUUCUCUUCACUCAUACUUUUCCCGCCUCAUUUCUUCCGGCAAAGCUCCGCCAUCGACGCCAUUUUGUUCAGAAGUGUUUAUUCAGCCAAUCUCAUUCUUUGUAUUCCUCUUUCAUCAGUUUAUUUUGAAUUUUUCAUUCUUUCUCUCUGUUUUCCCUUUCUUUCUUUUUUGCUUGCUUGCUUUUAGAGACUUUAUUUAUUUUAUAUGUUUUACUUCCAAUAAAUAUUUUUGUUUUCAGAAAUAUUUUACAUUAAUCCUUUCUCCGCGUCCUCCCCUCCUUCGUUAUUUAAUUGUAAUUAUUUUUUUUUGUUUCUUUCAUUCUUUCUUUUUUCAUUCAUUCCAUUUUUUCUAUCUUUUUUCUGCUUUCUUACUUUUUCUUUCUUUCUUUCUUUCUUUCUUUCUUUCUUUCUUAUAUACUUUACUUUACAUUUUAUUUAUAUUUCCCUUUUUUCAAUACACAUACUUUCUUUGCUUCUUUCUUUCUUUCUUUCUUUCUUUCUUUCUUUCUUUCUUUUUCAUUUAUUUUCUUCGCUUCAAUUUUCUUUUUUAA